CACUACCCCCCCCCCCCCCCCCCUCAUUCCAGCUGCAUGAUGACACCACAUCCCACCAUCUCACUGGCUUCUCCUUUUUCUUUCUUUCUUUCUUUCUUUUUUUUUUUUUUUCCCCCCCCUCAAAAUUGUAUUUUGAAGACAAUCAAAAGUAGAGCAUGUUCUGGGUGUGGUUGCAUUUGAUUUACCCAAUAGCCAAAGUGGGGGGAACUGCUAAAGGAGAAAGACAGAGCAUCUGCUGCUGAAACAAGCGGAGACCAAGGGCAGCAGGAUGAAGACCUCUGCAACCUUUACAGCACUGUGUCUCUUAGCUUUCUCCUUGUCCCCAGCUGGCUGGUUUCCAUGGGUGGUCAACGGACAAGAACUGGAAAGUGUAACUGGUGAUGUUCACACAAGCUCUCUCAUCAGCACCCCUGUUCAGUCUGACAGUGAAACUACAACAGCUUCAUCAGAUUGUCGUGAGGAACAGUUCCCUUGCACACGCCUGUAUUCCGUUCACAAACCAGUAAAGCAGUGUAUCAGCUACCUUUGUGUUACCAGUGUGCGUCGCAUGUACGUAAUAAACAAAGAGGUGUGCUCUCGCAUUGUCUGCAAGGAAAAUGAAGUCAUGCAAGAUGAGAUCUGUCGCCAGCUGGCUGGCCUACCUUCUCGACGUCUCCGCCGAUCUGGGCAACUCCCAUAUCUCCCUUGCAAACAGAUCCUGGAGCAGCAGCACAGGAGGCCUGAUGCUCUGUGAGCUACCAGAAGUAGAAGAGAAAAAAGAAGAGAGAGAAGAGAAAUCAUUAUCCCCUGCCCACAGCCCAAGACAAGUCCUUCUUUCUUGUUGUGAUUCCCCCACCAUUUUCUUGCUUCUCUGUCUUCUCCCACAUCCUCUUCUUCAAGUGCUGCAGCGCACAGAGUUCCCUAUCUGUCAUGGUAGCUGCAACUGUUUUCUAAAUCUGUUGCUGAGGAUGUGGGAUGCUCCCCUUUUCUCUCAGUUUCUGUUUGGCAGGCUUGUUUCCCAGAGGUCCUUAUAUCUGUGUAUUGUCUCUGCAGAGAAACAUGAAUGGAGAUGGGGUGUCCUCUCCAAUGGUAGAAAUGCCGUAAGCUGUGUCUCAUGUGGAGGAAUGCAAGACUGUAUGCACAAGGCUUUAUGCCCUGGCCUAGGCUUCUUGCAUGGUACGAGUAUGAGUUCUGAUACUCUUAGUCAUACUGUUCCUCUCCAGUCCUCCAUGGCUACUGAGUUUGCUCUGUGUCUGCUGGAUUCAGAGAGGUGACAGAACUGGGAGGUGAGCUGUCUUCCACCCAAGGCAAACCUCAUUGUAUGGCAGCAGAUGAUUUGUAACUACCUCUGGGAAGUUCUUCAUUUCAUGCCCAUUGUCUCCCUCACACAAAUGCUACCAAAAAGAAGAAUUCUGGAUUUAAUAUGGCAUUAUACUUUUAUCAAGAAGAUUAUGUUCCCUAGAAGAGAGAUCUCUCUCCUCAUCUCUCCUUUUCUCUCCUCUGCUCUGCUCUUCCCUUUCCACUGAAGAAAACUCUUGAUACCCAUUUCAGACAAGUUUCAGGAAGCAGGAAGUAUGAAUACAUCUGUUCCUAAGCCCAAGAGAGCCCCAAAAACAUGUGUGUCCUUAAAGAACUGGGGACUUGCUUCUUGUGUGGUGAAGGACAGGGCAAGAGACCAUGAAUUAGCUCCUGAUGACUUGUUUGAUCUAGUUUCGUCUAUAUUCACCAGCUGCUGAGUCCACUUUCACUAUCUCCACUUGAGUUCCUACCUCCUGACCUGGUGUCUUCUGCACAGAAAGGAAUCAAACUGGAAUGAGAUGUGGUAGAGGAAUCAUUAUCUGGGAUCCUUGGGUUUUCCUGCAGGUUGUCUGUGUGCUGUAUUGCACAGAACUGGGUGCUGGUGGGGAGGUGGAUACAUCUCUAGGUAUGAGCAUAGAAACAGGCCAACCUUGGGAAAAUAAUUCACUCUGGUAGCACUGGAUGUCUGUUGGCUGCUAGAGAACCUCACUUUUCAGAUGCACAGAAAACAUUUCCAGGUGUAUGGUCAGUGUUCUGAGAUUGGAUAAGGGAAGUGGUGAAGAGCUGUCUGAAGAGUCUUAAUCACUCUUUGUGACUUUUGGUGGCAUGCCUAACUGUUCUGUGGAGCACUUUAUCUCAGCAUCUAUCUUAAUGCAGCAGAUCAGUGAGGAACUCUGGGCACUGUUCCUAUCUCUAACUCAUAGUUUGCUACAGCAUGUAUUCAUGCUCACAACACAAUAUACUCUGCUACUGAACUGAGUACCAUUCAGCCUGGCAGGAACAGCGGUCUGCUGAACAACCAGAGUAACACAAUAUAUAAGUUUGCUGUGCAGAGUUAGAAUUCUCAGAAAACUGAUGAGAGCCUCUCCACAAUACUUGGAUUUCUGCUGUACACAGACAGAAGCUGCAUUACAUCCUCCAUGUACGGAAGGACAUCCUGCAGAGACAUGUUUGCUCUAUAUAAGGUCAAAAUUGGCUAAAUGAGCCAAAUCUCUAACGGUUAAUAAAUUUUACAGGACAAAGAAUUUCAAAUUAUGCAGUGCCUGCAUAUACAUACAAAAGGGCAUAGCCCUUGUACACAGAGGAUGAUGUUCCUCUUGAGUACUCCAGGCUCAAGAGAUUAGGGAUGGAUGAGGAAAUUAUACUGAUUACACAUCUAUGUGGAGAGAAGGGCACCAAGAACUUUAUCUCAAAACUGAUCGAGUAACUUGCAGUCACUGAUUUCUAUGCUGGGAUGCCUAUGAAGCCCCCUCCUCAUGUCCUGCCCCCCUGUAGGAUGGAAAUGAGAAGUUAGAAGGAGCUCUUGGAAAUUGGACUAGGGCAAGUCUCCACCCUGUAUUUAGAGUUGAAUAUAAGCUGAUAUAUAGAUAUAUAGAUAUAUAGAUAUAUAACUGCAUAACAUAUCUACUGUACAGUAUAUAGAAAUAUUCAUACAAUCUGGGGAAUAGUUAGAAAUCUUUCUGUUGCUUGCUUUCAGCAAGGAUAGGAAGAGGUGCUCCUCCCCAGGAGAACACUGUUCUAAUGCUUGAGUCCAUAUAAUACACACAAAACAUUAAAAGAAAGGUUAUUUUCUGUUUUUCUUGGCAAAUCUCAUGCGUCUGAGUUUAUUUGUGUCUAGCUGUAUUUCCUCCAGCUUUGUGGGUAGACUUGAUUCCAGCCCAAAUCUGCCAUUUGGACCUCUUUACUCCCUGCUAGCUCAUUCCUGAGCUGCUACCUGCUUCACUCAUGAAUCACAGGUCUUUCUAGGAGCUCAUU